AUGGCGCCCUUGGCUUCCAAAAUACUUGACUCUCUCACCAUACUGAUGAUGUGCACCACCGCACUCGUCUCAGCCGCUGGAGCGCUGCCAUCACUUGAACAACAAGCAGGGGCACUUCUUGCCUGGAAAGCCAGCCUCAGUCAGCAAAGCCAAGACGCCCUGCGAUCCUGGAGAAACAUCUCAGCACCUUGCCGUUGGCAAGGCAUCCGGUGUGAUGGACGCCGGCCGGUGAUCGCCGCCAUCUCCCUGCCGGGGAUACGGCUGAGAGGGACACUUGAGUCUCUUGACUUCUCGGCUUUGAGGACCUUGGUGGCCCUUGAGCUCUCGCACAACGAGCUUGCUGGGAGCAUCCCUGUGAAUAUUAAGCUCCUCAAAGAACUCCAUGCUCUCCUCCUGCAUGACAAUCAGAUAAGAGGUUCAAUACCACCUGUUUUAGCAAAUCUCACGAAACUGCGUCUCCUAAUGCUCCAUGACAACCAAGUCUCCGGUGAAAUACCAAGGCAAAUAGGCGAGAUGGGUAAUCUUGUGAGCCUGAACUUGUCAAACAAUUACUUAGUUGGUCCUAUCCCUUGUGAAAUAGAUCACCUUAAGCAUUUGCUUAAAUUAGAUUUGUCCAGCAAUGACCUUUCCGGACCAGUUUCCUUCAGUCCAGCUAACUCAUCCAUCAAAAUCCUAUGA